AUCAAAUGUUGCCAGCAUUACCAUUUCAAGGGUCCCUCUCACUUACGUAGGUACAUGAUUAAUUCCUCUGUCCUUUUCGUGCCAGGCACCAUGUAGACAACACCCUCUUCUCUUUACACCACGUACCACGCAUCCUCGAGCCGUCCCGUCUGCCAAUCCAACGUAUCUAUAUCUCGCUGUCCCAGCUCCGACCCCUGGGACACAACUAGCUCACGUCGCCUCUGGGCCCAAACUUACCGCCCACAAUGCGCCUCUACACCACCACCACGCCCCGGAGGUUCUCCUCGCUCUCGCGGCUGCUCUCGGUCCUCCUGCUCCUACUCGUCGGGGUCCCGGCGGCGCGCGCGCAGUUCGGCUUCUUCGAGCAGAUGUUCGGCGGCCAGCAGCAGGCGCAGCAGCAAGCGCAGCAGCAGCAGCGCGGCGGCGGGGGGCCACAAAACGUGCCCAGUGACAGCUCCAUCUACCGCAACAACUUCGAUCGCAUGCACUGCGACAACUACCUCUGCCCGGACACGCUGGCCUGCGUCCACUUCCCGCACCACUGCCCCUGCCCCUGGCCCGCGAACGAAGACAAAUUCGAGACCGGCGCCGGCCACCGCAUCUGCGUCUCCAAGGGCGGCUUCCGGCCCGGCGAGGCCGCGCGCAAGGUUGAGCUCGCGCGCAAGGGCCUUCUGUAAACAACCCUCCUGCUUAGACUACCCCUUUCUCCCGCGAGUUUUGGGAGGCCUGCGGAUGCGAAUGUAGACGAAUAUGGAACGGCGGAAGGAUGGGAACGGGUUGGCUGGCUGGCUGGAUCACGUCGAGGUUGAGUGUAUACGCCAUGUUUUACGCUGCUUACCACCAGAGUCCCGGUGGCGACAUCCCCGGAAACCAGGACGCGGGUCAAGGUCCGUCACGGUUUGAAGGUGUGUACGCACGCAUAGCAGCCACGUAUGCAUUUCCUUGCAACGACAAAUGCACAGACCGACGGGCGGUCGGAUUGCGGGGAGUAGGAUAUUAGGUAUAUCUUGACAACCGCUCGACGGAUUUCGCAGCCGCCUUUUCUACCCGAUCGUCCGGCCGAUGACCGUACUCUAGUUAUCUAGAAUAGACACUUUCUCAAACCC